UUAUAGUUCUCUCACAUUCACUUAGAGAGAUAGCGAGAGAUAGAGAGAAUGAGAAUAAUGUAUACUGCUUUUAUGCCAGUAAAAAGGGACACUUUACAGGUACACAUGUUUGCACAUUUGCUUCUGAAAAUCAGUUCCUGUUGUGCGUAGAGACACUAGACAAAGUUUCAUUCCCCUUUCGCAUACGACUUCACCUGCUUCACUUGUGUGGUUUGUCCACGUGGUGUUGCCGUACAGUGCUUUCCCAGAUUGUAGACGCGCAUGCGCCGCGCACAUCGGGCUGCAGUUCCGACCGACAACAAUGCAGCGAUUUUGUACUUGCAAAAUCACUUUGCAGUGAAGAAUUAGUCCAAAGUUUCUACUCAUCUUCACGGUAGAUGAUGAAGCUGCGUGUCCAGCUGCAGUGCAAGAAUCUGCACGAAUACCUGAGAGAGCUGAGUCCCGAGAUACUGGACAGACUCUACAACCAUCCAGCAACAUGUCUGGCUGUCUACAGGGAACUCCCCUCCCUGGCAAAGAACUAUGUGAUACGAAUGCUGUUCCUGGAUCAGCCUCUGCCCCAGGCAGCAGUUGCGCUGUGGGUGAAAAAAGACAGCCAGAAGGAUCAUGAUGACUGUGUCUCAGUGUUGGCAGGACUCCGCCUUUGGCACAGUCAGCAGCUGCAGGGGGGUCUGCAGGGAUACAUUUUAAAUCCAGUGUUCAAAGACAACCUGAGGAUAGCUCUGCUCGGCGGGGGCAAAGCAUGGGCAGAUGACGGCAGCACUUUGGGUCCAGACCGGCACGCGCGGGACAUUGACAGUCUUGACCGCUAUGCUAUGGAGCGCUGGGAGGUCAUCCUGCAUUUCAUGGUGGGUUCCCCCUCUGCUGCUGUCAGUCAGGACCUGGCUCAGCUGCUGGUUCAAGCAGGCCUCAUGAAAAGUGAGGCUGGAGAGGCGCCCUACAUCACCUCAGCUGGAUUCCAGUUCCUCUUACUGGACACAGCCUCCCAGCUGUGGUACUUUACCCUGCAGUACCUCAAAACAGCUCAGUCCAGAGGGAUGGACCUGGUGGAGAUCUUGUCAUUCCUAUUCCAGCUCAGUUUCUCUACUCUUGGCCGAGAUUACUCGGUGGAGGGCAUGAGCGAAUCAUUACUCACCUUCCUGCAGCACCUGCGGGAGUUUGGACUGGUCUUUCAGAGGAAGAGGAAGUCUAGGCGCUACUACCCCACCAGACUGGCCAUCACUCUGGCUGCAGGAGUCACCACCAGCUCCUCGUCCUCUUCCACCCCCUCCUCCUCCUCCUCCUCUUGUAAUUUAUCUUCCACUCCUGGCGCUGGUGAUGCAGGGUACAUUGUGGUAGAAACCAAUUAUCGAAUCUACGCCUACACAAAUUCAGAACUUCAGAUUGCCCUCGUGGCCCUCUUCAGUGAGCUGCUGUAUCGCUUCCCCAAUGUAGUUGUGGCUCAGGUGACGAGGGAGUCAGUGCAACAGGCCAUUGCCAAUGGCAUCACUGCACAACAGAUUAUCCACUUUCUGAGGACCAGAGCUCACCCUGUCUUGCUCAAACAGACGCCAAUCCUGCCUCCAACUAUAACUGAUCAGAUCAGACUGUGGGAGCUGGAGCGUGAUCGCCUGCAGUUCACAGAGGGAGUGCUCUACAACCAGUUCCUCUCCCAGGCUGACUUCGAGGUGCUGCGAGACAGAGCUCAGGGUCUCGGCUGUCUGGUGUGGCAAGACGUGGCUCACAGGGUGAUGGUGGUGACACCACAGGGACACAGCGAGGUCAAGAGGUUCUGGAAACGACAGAAGUCUCACUGAACGCACAGGAAGAGAAACGAGGUGCAGCGCAAUCGCACCAGACAGCUGUUCCUGUGGCGUCCAGAUGUUCUUGCUGCCACAGUUGCUUAUUGUUGUAAGUCCUGUAAGAAAAUGGAGAGGAUGGAAUUAUUUUGUACUUUUCAUACAAAUGUUUACCGCUAUGUAUUUGAAUAAAAUGGUGUUAAGAGGAAAACGUA